UCGAAUCUGUGCGCAUGCGCAGCAGGGAAUCAAAUGAACCCGGGCUGCUGUACAUCCUUCCAGCCCAGCAUAUUCACCCCUCGGCUCCCGGCUUUGGUCGUAGGAGACUUUCCAGACUGACAGAGGAAAUCUAACAAAGAUGUCCGGACUUCCAAGAAGAGCUAAACAGAGCACAGCGGUCGCCACGCAGGAGUCUUCCUUCCUUAUCGUGUCCGACUCAGAAGAAGAGUCUGUAGAGGAAGAUGAAUGGAAACCGGAGGUUAAAGCUCCCAAACCCAAGAGGCUACCAAAAGCUAAAAAGGAGCCAGUAAAGAGGACCACAGCAAAACCAAAGCGUGCAACUGCUCCUAAGCCGAGGAAGCCUGCUGCAGGAAAAGUUACUGAUGUGUCCAGCAUUACCCGCAGGACCCCCGAACACAUUUCUGGAAACGCCAUGAUUGACAAAGACGUGACUGGAGUACAGAUUAAGGAAGAGAGAAAAUCAAUGAUUAUUACUAAUGAAAUCUCUGAAGAAAGGUUGGAAGGUCAACCAAUUAAGCAGGAAAUUCAAACACCAAAGAGAGCCCCUCCAAAAAAGCCAAGACUUCCAAAACCAGUGCAAGCCCAGGUAAAGGCAGAAAGGGAGGAAUCCCCCUCCACCAGCACGGUCAAAAUGGAAGUGAAGGUAAAUGAUGAGGAGCCACCAGAUGACUUCACCUUUGGCGAGCCGCCGCUGAAGAAACUGAAGGCUUCCGCUGACUCGUUGGGCAAACCGGUUAAACGCAGUGCCACCGCCAGCUUCCGGGAAGGGAUGGACAUGAACUGGAACUUUGUAGAGGUGUUAUCUGAGAAAACCAAUGUCGAUCCAUGGGUGUGCUCCAACCUGAUCCAGCUGUUUCAGGAUGAGAACACUAUUCCUUUCAUUGCCCGCUACCGAAAGGAGCUUAUUAACAAUCUGGAUGCUGAUGCUUUGCGUGAAGUCCAACAAGGGCUGGAGGAGUUACGGUCUGUAGCCAAGAAAGCCCACAACCUGAUUGAAAAGCUAAAGAAGGAGGGAAAGCUCAUUUCCAGCUUGCAAACAGCCAUGCUCAACUCCAAGACAAUGGAUGAACUUGAGCAUGUGUAUGCCCCUUUCAAAACGGGAAGCAAAGGAACAAAGGCGCAAAGAGCCAGACAACUUGGCCUCGAAACCGCAGCCAAAGCUCUGAUUGAAACACCAGGACAACUCAACCUGUACUCCUAUAUUAAUAAUAAUGUUGAAGGGCUUUCAACUCUCCAAGACGUUGAGACUGGAGUGCAGCACAUCUUAGCAGACAUGAUAGCCAAGGACAAGGAAACCCUGGACCAUAUCAGAAAUCUAUGUAAACAAAAUUAUGUCACAAUCCAUUCCACGCUGGCUAAAGCAACGGGGAAAGAAAAGGAUGGACACGUCAAAGAUGUUGACAAAUUCCAUUUAUACCAUGAUUUUACUUGCAACAUAAAUCGGAUUCAGCAUCACCAAAUCCUGGCCAUUAACCGAGGGGAAAAUCUGAAAAUCCUGACGGUAAAGGUCAUCAUUCCUGACAGGGUGAAGGAUGCGUUCUGUAGGUGGUGUGUGAAUGAAAGAUGGAGACCAAAACAAUAUGCAAGACCAGAACUGAUGAAAACACUACAUAAUUCAGUGGACGAUUCCUACAAACGCCUUAUUUAUCCCCUUCUCUGCCGUGAAUACAGAUCAAAAUUGACAUCCGAUGCGGAAAAGGAAUCCAUAAUGAUGUUUGGAAGAAACCUGCGCCAACUGCUGCUAGCAACCCCUGUUAGAGGACGAACUAUCAUGGGUGUCGAUCCCGGAUAUAAACAUGGCUGCAAACUAGCCGUCAUUUCUCCUACCAGUCAGAUCUUGCACACAGACGUGGUUUAUUUGCACACUGGACAUGCGCAUGGAAUGCAUGAAGCGGAGAAGAUUAAGAGGCUUUUGCUUAAGUACAACUGCUAUACAGUUGCCGUUGGGAACGGGACAGCGUGCCGAGAGACAGAGAGAUAUUUUGCUGAUUUGAUUCAAAGAAGAUUUUUUGCUCCUCUCGAUGUGGUCUAUUGCAUCACUAAUGAAGCCGGAGCUUCCAUUUAUAGCGUGAGUCCAGAAGCUUCUAAAGAGAUGCCGGAUUUAGAUCCUAACCUACGGAGUGCAGUUUCCAUAGCAAGACGUGUACAAGAUCCAUUAGCUGAGCUUGUGAAAAUUGAGCCGAAGCAUAUUGGAGUUGGAAUGUACCAGCAUGAUGUCUCGCAGGUCCUGUUAAAAGCCACCCUGGACAGUGUGGUGGAGGAGUGUGUCAGCUUUGUGGGAGUCGAUAUAAACAUCUGCUCGGAAACCUUGUUAAGGCAUAUUGCUGGCUUGAAUUCAGCGAGGGCUAAGAAUGUAAUUGAAUGGAGAGAGAAGAACGGCCCUUUUAUCAACAGAGAGCAACUCAAAAGUGUCAAAGGACUGGGUCCAAAGUCCUUCCAACAGUGUGCGGGAUUCAUUCGAAUUAACCAAGAGUACAUCAGAGGCUUCUGCAGGGAAGCAGAAGGUGAAGCCUCAAGUUCUGGUGGAAUGGGGCUACCGCUGGCCAAGGUUCCCAAUGCAAAACCCAACAAGAAAGCCAGUAAAUCAGCAGCAAACAAUGCGUCAAAACCAAAUCCUUUGGAUCAAACUUGUGUUCAUCCCGAGUCGUAUGGUAUUGCGGUGAGGUUUUUAUCUCUUGUAGGAUGUAACACAAAUGACAUCGGCACAGACAGAAUCCAAGCUAGCGUUAACCGGUUCAUGCAGCAACAAGGAAUGGAAGGAGUAGCCGAUCAGCUUAAAACAACAGUACAAACGUUACAGUUAAUCAUCGAUGGUCUCUCCCAGUCCGAAAGCUUCGAUAUCCGCACAGAAUUUGACAAACCUGACUUCAAAACAAACAUUGUCUGCCUCGAAGAUUUGAACGUUGGAACUGUCCUGACCGGGAAAGUGGAAAAUGCUACUUUGUUUGGGGUCUUUGUUGAUAUCGGUGUAGGAAAAGCAGGAUUAAUUCCAAUGCGAUUUAUAACCGAGGCAAAGCUCUCCAAAGAAAAGAGAAGGAGAAGCCUUGGACUUGGCCCCGGGGAGCGCGUAGAAGUUAAAGUGAUGAGCAUCGAUGUUAGACAGGCGCGGAUCUCUCUGGACCUUCUGCGGGUUUUAUAGCGGAGUUCUAUGUUCUGGACUGCUAGAAAUAAAAUACCUUGGGGAUUUGUUAACUUUAAGAUGAAAUGUGGGGAAAAGAUUUUGACAAAAAAAUAUAU